UUUCUUUUAUUUUUUGAGUCUGGUUUGGAUUUCAGGAAAGGAGGUUUGCAGCGAGUAGUUAACUCUACAUUAUGACUUUUGCUGGAUAUUAAACCAGCGUUCCCAUUUUGUUCUUUGCGUCAGAAUUCAAGGAGGCCUGAGGGUUCCCAUGCGGUAGAGACGUUUCCAUCACUCUUCCUGUGUCUGACAUUUCACUGUGAGCCAGCGGAGGAUAUUGUUAUUUCUGCAGUGAUGUUCAACCCACACAUCCAUCAGCAGCAGCAGCAACAACAGCAGCAGCUUCACCAGCACCUGCGACAGCUGCAGCAACUUUUCCAGCAGCAGCCUCCGCCUCCUCCUCCACCGCAGCCGCCUCCCGCCCACCAUGUCGGUCAUCACCACCAGACUCCACGCGCCAUUCCUGUUUCUGCUCAGACGGCUCCUCCGCCUAGAAUGGUCAACUUGUGCCAGACAACCCAAACAACCCUGAUUGCCCCCAAUCCAAUGCUGCAGAGUGCUAUCCUGAUGCAGCAGAUGCAAGGCAACAUGCGGGGCUUUGGGAUGGGUGGGCAGCAGUUCCGGCAGUUCUUUACCGCGGGGGCCAGGUCAUCACUUCUCGGCCCAGUCCCCAUGGGAAUGGCCAUCAAAUCCCCCAUCAUGGGUUUCCCGGCUGCACGGCCCUUCCACCCACACACUCGCUUCUUCAACGCCACUGCUUCCUCCUCUUCCUCCAUCUCUACUACACAGGACGCUCCAGCUCGCCAGGCAGACAGGAAGAGAGACAGUGAGCAAAUGUCUGCAGGAAGCACCGACAACCCACCAACAGCAGCAGCUAACAGUGCAAAUGAAGCUACUGACGAGGCUGCAACAGACGGUGCUGUGGGAGGAGAAAAUAGCCAGACCUCUGAGGAGCAGCUUGAAGAACCAGUGACAAAGCGGCAGAAGACAGAAGAGUCAGAGGAACCUAAAGAGCAACAUGUGGCCGAGUCGGUCACAACAGCUCAGUCAGAGAGCAGCAGCAACACAGUGGACACCCCGUCAGAAGACUGCGUCAGUCAGGAGGAUGAAUGCUUCAGCCGGGGGCCGGAUGACGUGGUGAUAGAGGAGAACAAAACUGAUGAUGCCUGUGGGGGUUUGUCAGCCCCGUCACCGCCUGCCGGGCCGACUGAAGAUACUGAGCAGGUGAUGGAACCAACAGAGGAGGCCACACAGGACAAAGACGCCUCACUAGGUUUUUCUGAUAGCCGGGACGAAGAAGAAGCAUCCGAGGGUUCAAACAAGUUCUACUGCUACCUCUGCAGCAUCACCUGCUUCAACCAGCAAAACUUCAGGAGUCACAUGAACAGCAUUUCCCACCAGCAGAGGAUGAUGGAAAUCCAGCACAUGAGCAACGCCUGCCUGGUCACUCUGCUCCCCAGAGUGCAGGAGUCUCUACAGGGCGCCAGCAAAGAUGGAGAGAGAAAAGCAGACCCGAAGCAGUGGUGUGCUACUUGCCACACCCACUUCACCAGUAGCAUCUUGGACCACCAGCGCUCAGAGGAACACAAGCUUGCUAGUAAAACCGACCUGUCCUUCUGCGCCGUCUGUCAGAAGCGCUUCAAAACUUCGCAGAACUUUGUAGAGCACCUGCACUCUCAGGAGCACAAGCAGAAGAUCAAGGAAAAAGGCUGUGAGACUUUGGCUAAGCUCACCAACAUGGGCACAGAUGGUUUUUCGUGUGAGCUGGAAGCACAAGAAUUGGAAAAGAAUGAAGGAGACCAAGGAAGCAGCAAGGGUGGCUGGCCCUCUGCCAAAGAGGUGGCCCUAAAUGACAUGACCAGCGAUGAGCAGUAUGACCCCGACACCAUCUAUGGAACCAGUUUCUUAGAUCCAGUGGCAGGCUUCCUCUGCAGGCUUUGCAACAAGUUUUACCUCUUCGAAUCUUCUGCUCUGCACAGCCACUGCAAAUCAAUGCAGCACUUUGAGAACCUUAAGAGCUACAAAGCGAUGGUUGGAGAAAAAGGUGACGACGCUCAGGCCUCAACAAAAUCCAUCGCAGCAGCAGACGGCCUCAGACCCGUCACAGAAGCGUCAGACUGUUCACAAGAAAAUUUGCUCACUACAGACACGAGUGAAGCCGAUGGCCUAAACUCUACGAAAUUGAUUUCACUGACCGAACUGAGAACACAGGAAGAAGAUCGGCUGAAAGAGAAAGAAUCAGAGGCCGCCUCGAUCUCACUGGACUUCAACCAACAGCAACUGGACGAGGAGAGUCCAGUUGCUCUGGCUGCUGCCAGUAGAAAGGAGGCAGACUCGGUGCCUACAGCUGCUGCUGGGGAUUCAAACGGAGAGGAGGAGGAGGAGGAGGAAGCUCCUGCUGGCCCUGGGAAAAAGAACUGUGGAGGAAAGGGAAGAAGCGUAGGUAAACGACGGUCAGGGAGGGCCGCAAACAGACGCUGAGUCUGAAACACCACAUAGGAAUGAAACCAUGUAAUGUUUUGCAACUAUGGGACUGGAGUCUCAGCCCCCCUUACUGGGAAUUGUAAGGGAAUCACACCAAAAACCAGGAAGACUGGCUACUGAAAACAGUAGAAGAUCCCUCGUCAGAGUGGGAAAGUAACAGUUCCUAAAUGGAGGCUUUUGCCAUCAGUUGUGAAUUAGGCUUUUUGGCUAUAAAAUAAUAAUUUGAAUUUUAUUUGUAAGCCAUAUUCUAAUGUCACUACAAUCUAAAAUGAACUACAGUGAAGAUCCUCGUGGUAGUUAACCAGUAGAUGGAGCUAUAGUACAUCGUAACAGGCGUUUUUGGGCAUUUAGUAUGGACACAUUGCACAAAGGGUUUUAUGCAGACUCCUGUAGGGAGAGCAACAUUGUUUUGCAGUGUGAAACUGGAUUGUAUUAUUCUGAAGUCGAAUUUUAAAAAGCAUCGGUACUCGCUGUAUUAACUACACAUUGCAAGUUAAAGUUGGUAGAGGUUGUGCAGAAUUAGGGCUUGUAGUUUGACUUCAAAUUCCAGAGGUAAAAUUUCACUUCAGUUUCAGGUGAAGUGUAACAGUUUUCUCAGGCCAUAAAAACUGUAUGAUGUCAACUGCAAUAGAAGAUGUAUGCUGGUCCUCCCUGCUGUCCUCAGGCCAGGAGACCAGGGAGUGCAUACCUUCACCCUGAUUGUCACAUGAUUGUCAAAGUCCGUACUGAUGGUGAAGUGAAAACAUUUUUCACCUCAAAACAGCUUUUAGCAAGCUGGAAUGUGGUCCGUGUGAACAGUUCAACAAGUUGAAGUCGUUUUGAAAAGUGUUAAAAGUUGCACUUUGGAUUGAGACAGAUGGAUCAGCUCCAUAGUUAAGAUUCAGCAUAUUCGUGUUCCUUUUUGUUAGCAUUCUGGGGAACAAAAGUAGGGCACAUCUGUAGCUUUUUAAAAUAGUUGAGUUGUUGUGGACGCCUGAAAGACUUUGACCAAACCAGGGCUACUUUAAAAUCAGCAACAGCACAUCUAAGGCUUCACACACCAGUCUGAAUCUGAAUUUAGAUCUUGACAUUUCAUACUGAAAUACUUCAGUUGAUGUUAAUAAUCCACAUUUUAACUACCCUGGGCCCAGAGAGGGAUUUUAUUCAGAAUCCCUGUUGGUGUCACAUUUACUCCUUAUGAAGUUCCUUGAAGGCAACUAUGAGCAUUCACAGCACAAUAUAGUUUGCAGUAGUUGACUCAAGUUUCCCCUUGUUUCAUUUUCGUUUCAUAGAAAUGUGUUUGAAUUUUUUUUUUUUUUUCAUGAAAUGUUUGU